AUGCUCCUUUUUCGAUUAGCUGUUAAUCUGAACGCUCUAUCUAUCUAUCUAUCUAUCUAUCUAUGUCUCAGUCUGUUCUUAUCUAUCUAUCUAUUUAUCUUUGUAUAUAUCAGUCUAUCUUUGUUCUAUCUAUUUAUCUUUGUUCAUAUCUAUAUAUCAAUCUGUUUUUAUCUAUCUAUCUAUCUAUCUAUCUAUCUAUCUAUCUAUCUAUCUAUCUAUCUAUCUAUCUAUCAUAAUCCUAAAUGUGAUGUUAAUAGCAUUUUUUUUAACGUUUGGCGCCCUGUAAUUUUGUUACAUAUUCCAUUGAAUUUGCGGUCCAAUCUUCUGUCGAUCGUUGUAUUUCUUUGGUUCCCGUUGUGUCACGUUUCUUCUUCUUCUUCUUCUUCUUCUUCUUCUUCUUCUUCUUCCACCUUUUCUUCUUCUUCCUCCUUCUUCUUUCUCCUCCUCCUUCUUCUCCUCCUCCUUAUUCUUUUUCUUCCUCCUCCUCCUUCUUCCUCCUCCUUCUUACUCCUCCUCCUCCAUCUUCUUCUUCUUCUUCUUCUUCCACCUAUUUUCUUCUUCUUCUUCCACCUUUUUUUUUCUUCUUCUUCUUCUUCUUCCACCUUUUCUUCUUCUUCCUCCUUCUUCUUUCUCCUCCUCCUUCUUCUCCUCCUCCUUAUUCUUUUUCUUCCUCCUCCUUCUUCUUUCCUCCAUCUUUUUCUUCCUCCUCCUCCUCCUUCUUCUUCUUCUACUUUCCAUCUCCUUCUCCUCCUCCUCCUCCUCCUCCUUCUUCUUCUUCCACCUAUUUUCUUCUUCUUCUUCCACCUUUUUUCUUCUUCUUCUUCCACCUUUUCUUCUUCUUCUUCCUCCUUCUUUUUUCUCCUCCUCCUUCUUCUCCUCCUCCUUAUUCUUUUUCUUCCUCCUCCUUCUUCCUCCUCCUUCUUCCUCCUCCAUCUUUUUCUUCCUCCUCCUCCUCCUCCUUCUUCUUCUUUCCAUCUCCUCCUCCUCCUUCUUCUACUACUUCUUCUUCUUCUCGCGGCCUACAAUACGCUGACUGUAUUUUCUACAGAACAUUGCAGACCCUCGAGAAGCCUGGUCAGGAGUGCAGAUUCUCGAGAUGCCUGGUCUGGAUUGCAGAUUGCAGAUUCUCGUGAAGCCUGGUCAGCAUUGCAGAACCUUGAGAAGCCUGGUCAGGAUUGCAGACCCUCAAGAAGCCUGUUCAGGAUUGCAUACCCUCAAGAAGCCUGGUCAGCAUUGCAGACCCUCAAGAUGCCUGGUCAGGAGUGCAGGCCAUCGAGAAGCCUGGUCAGGAGUGCAGACCCUCAAGAAGCCUGGUCAGGAUUGCAGACCCUCGAGAAGCCUAGUCAGGAGUCCAGACCCUCGAUAAGCCUGGUCAGGAUUGCAGACCCUCGAGAAGCCUGGUCAGGAUUGCAGACCUUCAAGAAGCCUGGUCAGGAUUGCAGACCCUCGAGAUGCCUGGUCAGGAUUGCAGACCCUGGAGAAGCCUGGUCAGGAUUGCAGACCCUCAAGAAGCCUGGUCAGGAUUGCAGACCCUCGAGAAGCCUGGUCAGAGUGCAGACCCUCGAGAAGCCUGUUCAGGAUUGCAGACCCUCGAGAAGCCUAGUCAGGAAUGCUGACCCUCAAGAAGCCUGGUCAGCAUUGCAGACCCUCGAGAAACCUGGUCAGCAUUGCAGAUCCUUGAGAAGCCUGGUCAAUAUAGUUACUCCACCUUGA